AUGGGACAAGCUCCUGAACUCGACCAUAACGCCUCCCUGUGGCUCCGCCCCUGCCUGAACGCCUCCUGUCAGCCUGCGGUUGGAGUGGCGUGUCCCUACAGCACGGCUCAGCUGGUCCUCAUCGCCAUGGUAACCGUCUCCCUCAGCGUCGUCACCGUCCUCGGCAACACGCUGGUGAUCCUGUCCAUCAAAGUGAACCGCCGCCUCCGGACCAUCAACAACUACUUCCUGUUGAGCCUGGCGGCGGCGGACCUGAUUAUCGGCCUGCUGUCCAUGAACCUGUACACGCUGUACCUGCUGCGGGGCCGCUGGCCCCUGGGGGCCGCCGUCUGCGACAUUUGGCUGGUGGUGGACUACGUGGUUAGCGGCGCCUCCGUCAUGAACCUGCUCAUCAUCAGUUUGGAUCGUUACUUCUGCAUGACGCAGCCGCUCAGCUACCCGGCGCGGCGGACGGGCGGGAUGGCCGGUCUGAUGAUUGGCGCCGCCUGGCUGCUGUCCUUCGUCCUCUGGGCCCCUGCCAUCCUCUGCUGGCAGACAGACGGGGGACGACGCGUCAUUCCCGAUGGGAAGUGUUACACUCAUCUCCUCGCCAGCCCCGCCGUGACUUUGGGGACGACGCUUCCUUCUUUUUACCUGCCGGCACUCGUCAUGGUCGGCCUUUACAGCCGCCUGUCCACCGCCAGCCGCAGCCGACUGAGCGCCAUCCAGAUUGAGCCGGGCGCGCUCAGGACAUCCAGUCCGUCCAUCAAAGACUUCCUGUUGAAGCGGCGCAGCUGGGUGGCGAGCGACCCGGGCUCUGACCUGUCUCUGAACCAAUCAGAGUCCAGCACUCCGAAGCCCAGAGGGAGCCGCAAAGUUUCCAGAAGUCCCGGUGACACGUCAGAGCCUCAGCAGUGCCGCCCUCGCGCCGCCGGACGCCAUGCCAUGGACGAAGACUACAACAAGAUCGACACCGACUCCUCGUCCACGGCCGACCUGCACGGGACGGCCUCUGCGAUCUUCUCCUGUCCCAGCGUCAAGUCUCAGGAGAGAUGGAGGCGCAGGGUGAUGGCGAGGGAGAGGAGGGUCACCAAAACCAUCCUGGCCAUCCUGCUGGCCUUCAUCUUCACCUGGACGCCGUACAACGUCAUGGCGGUGGUCGCCGCCUUCUGUCACGUGUGCAUCCCCGAGGUCCUGUGGACGACGGGCUACUGGCUCUGCUACGUCAACAGCGCCAUCAACCCGGGCUGCUACGCGCUCUGCAACGUCACCUUCAGGAAGACCUUCUGCAGCCUGUUACGCUGCCGCGGCAGGAAGCUGCCGUGA